UUAUGUUUUGUUGGUUUUGUUGUUAAAUAAUUCAGAUCUUGUGUUUUGUUUGUUUUUUUAAUUUCAUUUUUGUGUGAUAUGAAUUAUUCGAAACAAAAAUAGCUAUAUUUACUUUACAUUAUAUAUUUUAUACAGAGUAGACUUUAAAAAAUUGUUGUGAAUGUGUAAAUUCAGCUCAUUUUAUUAUGUUAGGUUCUUGUUUAUAAAUUCAAAAACACUGUCAAUUAUAAAUUAUAAAUUUUUGUCAUAAAUUAUCAUCACAAGUUUUAAUGAUGGUUGAAGAAACUGUUGGUGUUAACAUGAAGUCAAGGAGUAAAACUACAAGACCAAGAUCUGUUUAUUUGUGGAAUGUUUUGGAUGUACAAAAAUGGUUGAGGAGACAUUGCAGUGACUAUUAUCAAAUGUAUCAUGAACAAUUCUUAUACCACGAUAUAACAGGACGAGUACUUUUACGAAUAAACGAAAACAUCCUUAUACGUUUGGGCAUUGUUGAUGAAGAUCACAGGAUGAAUAUUUGGCGUGAAAUAAUGAAACUACAUCUAAAAACUGAUAUGUUAGAAAUUAGAGAUAUCGAAAGAAGAAAUAAUCUAAAUUAUGAUUAA